AUGACUUCACUGGAGUGGCUGCCUGCUGCCUGCUGCCCAAGAGGAAGAAUGUUGGGCUUCAUCACGGACUUCUUCACCUAUGAGACGACCAAGUCCGUGGUGGUGAAGAGUUGGCUGGUCGGCUCCAUCAACCGCUUCGUGCAGCUCCUCAUCAUCAUCUACUUUGUCGGUUGGGUGUUUCUGCAUGAAAGGUCCUAUCAAACUAAAAGCACCGGGAUAGAGUCAGCAGUCAUGACCAAAGUCAAGGGCUUCGGUCGCUAUAACAACCAGGUCAUGGACGUGGCCGACUAUGUGGUUCCUCAACAGGGUACCUCAGUAUUCUGCAUCAUUACCAGAUUGAUCGUGACAAUAAACCAAACACAAGGAGUUUGUCCACAGUAUGGCAGGAGGUACGUGUGCACCCAGAAUUCUGACUGUGACAAACACCUGGGAUCAAACCUGGCCAAUGGUAUUUUUACUGGAAACUGUUUGACAGGCUAUUGUGAGAUUGAAGGCUGGUGCCCUACAGAAAAUGACACGGUCCAGACGGAGUACAUGGAGGAGGUGGAGAACUUCACCAUUUUCAUAAAGAAUAGUGUUCGCUUUGCCCACUUUGAUAUCACCAGGGGGAACUUCCCAGCUGAUAUUGACAUCAAGUGUAUUUAUCAUCCUGUUGACCACCCUUACUGUCCAGUCUUCAGGGUGAGAGACAUCCUUACACAUGCAAACGAGAGCUUUAGCACCAUUGCUCGACAGGGCGGGCAAAUUGGUAUUCAUAUCCGCUGGAUGUGUGACUUCGACCAGGCUCUGGAUCGCUGUAAGCCUUCAUACUCCUUCACAAGACUGGACGACGUGUUUGAGAAUAACACUAUUUCCAAAGGUUACAACUUCAGGUUUGCAAAGUACUACAAGACUCCAGACGAAGAGGACUAUCGCACGCUCCACAAGGCCUUUGGCAUCCAUUUUGAUGUCAUGGUUUCUGGCCAUGCUGGAAAGUUUGAUGUAAUCCCAACACUUAUUAACAUCGUGGCAGCUUGCACCUCAGUGGGACUGGCAACUGUCCUCUGUGAUAUCAUUCUUCUGAACUUUUUAAGAGGGGCAGAUCAGUACAAGGCAAAGAAGUUUGAGGAGGUCUCUGAGGUUGACAUUCAUGCGGAGAGCCGAAGUCAAAGUCUUCUAACUCUCAAGAAUGAGGGAAAGAUCUCUGAAGAUUCUGAAACCGUUGCUAACGGUCAGCAGCUUUGAGUGACACGCCACUGAAACACCUCGACCUAUGACCCCGACCUAUGACCUCGACCUGUGACCUCGACCUAUGACCUUGACAUAGCCUUUUCUCCCACACUGUCUUUCUCUUUGUCAGAAAGAAACAAAUAACCUGCAUGCCUCUCCCUUUAUGGCAAGGUAUAUUUAUAUAUACUAUUUAAUGUCAAAAUCAACACAAAGCCUUUUCUGUUCUGUUCAUCUAUGUCUUCUUUAAACAUAUCAGCAAUCCUUUUUUGACACACUGAUCAGCCACCACUGAAGAUGCUAAAUAUCUUGCUUAAAGAUUUAGCUCAAUCUUUACGAUACAUGUACAAUCUAUUGUGAGAUGUUUAUCCUACCAAUUGAGGACAGUUUACAGGGUAUAUCAAAAGAUAUUUAAAGCACACACAUACAUACCGAUUCUCUUUUCCUAACUAACAGCUUUUAGCUCUAAGUUUUAAGACACAUUAAACAUUGAGCUAACCAAAUGUAUUGCAGAGCUAUCACCUCGUAGCGAGAGCAAUGUGUGCUUUGAUCAUCCUCAACCUAAACCCGUGUGACUGUCAUUUCCUUUGGCAUAUGAACAGAAGAUAAAGGAUUAACAACAUUGCCUACAUGCAUUGGUUUGAUAUAUUCACCUGUAUACAGUCAUUUUUAGAAGCUAUACAUAAACAAAUAAACUGAUCACCUACACCUUGUGUGUGUGUGUGUGUGUGUG